AAAGUAGGAAAACGGUUAUUUGUACAAUUUCAGGAAUUUUUUAUGUUACGAAGAUGUGAAUGAUGGGGAGUUCAGCAUCUAAAGAUACAGCCACCACCCAGCAGAAGUUUUUGAUUGGCUCAUUAACCAGGAAGUCUGAUCUUGACCAGAAAUUUUUCAAAUUGAGUUACCAUUGCUUGACUCAAAGUCCUACAAGUUUAACAGAAAACAGAGACAUUGAUUUACAUGAGAAGAAUGAAAAAUGUUUUACUGAAAAUCAACAUAUCCAACAUGAAAUCAUGGAUUUGGGAAAUAAUGAUGCAGUGGAGAGCAUUGGAUGCAGAGCCGUAAGAGGAGAUAACAAAAGAUCAAGUAAAAUUCUAAACCAUAAUUAUGAUAAUGAAUGUAUGGUUUCCGUUCCAGAUUUGUUUUUGCCAAUUCUUGGCUCCAAAAAACUUGUCUGUGCACAGACAUAUGUUGCAUGGCGAUCCAUUAUGGACCUAGAAAAGCUCAAAUCACUUUUGGUGAAAAGGAGAUUGAUAUACCUUGUGCAGGUAGAUGACUUUCCAGACUUCUUGAAUAAUUUCCGUGUCCCAUUUCAUUCAGAGGAAAUAACAAUAUUUGAUUUAGCAGAGAAAUUUCUUGGAGUUUUCUUCACAGGAAUGACAGUGAAGUGGAUUCAGAGUUUAUCUAUUGCAGAGAGAAAAUGGGACAUAACUUCCAGACACCAUAAAAAGACUGGCAAGUUUCAAUACCUUGUCACAGAUUUCUUUCCCUUGCUGGCAAACAUUUGUCCAAAAGAUGGUUAUUGUAUUAUGGGGUUAAUUUGGUCAGAUCUUUACCCGAAAGAAGAAUUGAAUUUUGUUUUAGGAGAAGCACACAAUUCAUUUAAGUCAGGGAUUGUGAGUUUUGGACGAUUUGAACCAAAGACUUACAUCGAGGGAAUACAUCAGGAUAUCAUAUCAGUCACUACAGAAGUUGUUUGGAAAUUAUUAAAAUGCCUAAGCCAUGAACUUUGUCACCUGUUCGGGAUGGCACAUUGCGACUUUUUCGGUUGUACUAUGAAUGGCAGUGGUUCAGUAAAAGAUGCCAUGGAUCAACCAUUGUUUCUGUGUCCAGUGUGUGUCAGGAAACUUCAACAUAUUUGUAAAUUUGAUAUUCUUGAAAGAUAUGAGAAUAUGGAAAAAUUCCUUGUGGAGAUGAACAAACAAUUCCCAUCAGAACGUUGGAAUAGAUCUAUGGUUUGGAUACAGAAUUGUUUGAAAUAUCUUAAAACAACUGCAACAUAUCUUUGAAUGUUUUUGUUAAUAUAUAAAACUCUUUGAAUUUAUUUUGUUCUUGCAAGACUUUUUUCUGCACAAAAAAACCAGGUAAACAAUUAAUGAUAUACUGUAAAUAUCUGAGUUGGUUGACAGCUGAUCAAA